UGUCUCACGUACACCUCUAUUUAAGCCGACGAGAUGCUCGCCAGAACCCAUCGCCAGCUGCUCCUCAGCACCACGAGGAUCGGAUCGAUCGGAGGCAAUGGCGACGGUGGAGGUGUUGACGUCGGAAGUGGUCGUGCCAGCCGAGGAGACGCCGUCGGGCGGCCUCUGGCUGUCCAACCUGGACCUCGCCGCGCGCCGCGGGUACACGCCCACGGUGUACUUCUUCCGGUCCAACGGUGAGCCGGGGUUCUUCGCCGCGGACACCGUCAAGGGCAGCCUCGCCAGGGCGCUGGUCGCGUUCUACCCGCUCGCCGGACGUCUCGGCGUCGACGGCGCCGGGCGCGUCCAGGUCGACUGCACCGGCGAGGGCGCGGUGUUCGUGACCGCGCGGUCGGGGUACGCGCUGGACGACCUGAUGCGCGAGUUCGUGCCGUGCCGCGCGAUGCGGGACCUGCUCGUGCCCGCGACGCCCACGCCGGACCCGCCGUGCGCGCUGCUGUUCGUGCAGGUCACGUACCUGCGCUGCGGCGGCGUCGUGCUGGGGCAGGCGAUGCACCACUCGGUGUGCGACGCGCGGGGCGCCGCGCAUUUCUUCGAGACGUGGGCGAGCAUCGCGCGCGGGGACGCCGCCGCGGACGCGCCCGUGCCGCCGUGCUUCGACCACGGCCUGCUCGCGGCGCGCCCCGGCCCCGCGCGCGCGGUGCUGUACGACCACCCGGAGUACAAGCCCGACCCGGAGCCGCCGGUGGACGCCGCCGGCGGGUCCGACUACUCGAGCGCCAUCCUCACCAUGACCAGGGCGCAGGUGGGCGCGUUCAAGGCGCGGUGCCCGGGCGCGUCCACGUUCCGCGCCGUGGCGGCCCUGGUGUGGCGGUGCGCGUGCCGGGCGCGGGCGCUGCCCCCGGAGGCGGAGACGCGGCUCUACUCCAUGAUCGACAUGCGCGCGCGCCUGGACCCGCCGCUGCCGGCGGGCUACUUCGGCAACGCGGUGGUGCGCACGUCGGUCUCCGCCACGGCCGGGGAGGUGCUGUCCAACCCGGUCGGCCACGCCGCGCGGCGCGCGCUCGCGGUGACGAGCCAGGGCGGCGACUACGCGCGGUCGCUGGUGGACUACCUGGAGGGCGUGGACGCCAUGGACCUGCCCCGGAGCGGCAUCUCGCGGGCGCACCUGCGCGCCAUCAGCUGGAUGGGCAUGUCGCUGCACGACUCCGACUUCGGCUGGGGCGCGCCGGCGUUCAUGGGGCCGGCGCUCAUGUACUACAGCGGCUUCGUGUACGUGCUGAACGCGGCGGGCAAGGGCGGCGGCCUCGCGCUCGUGCUGUCGCUGGAGCCCGAGACCAUGCCGGAGUUCAGGAAGGUCUUCGCCGAGGAGCUCGCGCGCCUGGAGGUUGUGUAGGGGUAUGCACAACUGCGUAUAUUACUGUUGAAUGUUGAUUCAUGGCGUUCCGUGGCAGGUUACGAACGUCCAUGGCAUAUUGUUGUACAUGCACGUGAGCGAGACAGACUGUUCAGUUCUAAGAUGUGAAGUCUUUGGAUGCCAAGUCAUGCGUGAAUGUUUGAAUGUCUAUAUGGGUUUCAAUAUAUAUAACCAAUAAACUGAACACAUUUUUUUUU